AUGUCUACACAGGCGCCAACGUUUACACAGCCGCUGCAAAGCGUUGUGGCACUAGAGGGUAGUGCUGCAACGUUUGAGGCUCAAGUUAGUGGUAAGGAUAUCUCUUAUGUUCUUCAACUGUACCUCAUGAAUAUAGCUGAAUGUCCAAACAUAGAUGCAGUCUGAAUGUGUUGAAUCAUUGAUGUAAAACCACAUGCGGAUAUAAAGCCUUUGCACAGCAACAUUUUAUGAAGUGAUUGAACAAGUAAUAAGUACCCUAUUAUGGGUCGGUUUCCCAGACACAGAUUAAGCCUAGUCCUGCAGUAAAAAGCUCUUUCAAUGGAGAAUCACCAUUGAAAAUGCUUUUGAGUUCUGGACUAGGCUUAAUCUGUGCCUGGGAAGCCAGCCCUAUGUGAUAUUGCAGGCCUUUUGUAGUUCCUGAGAGAACAUUUCUCAGCUUUGCUCUGAAUUGUAACUGCUUGUUCAAAAUCAUCACCAAAUUCAUCAUCAACUCUGCUCAGUGCUGACUAGAAUAUUGACUUGAUGUAAAGGUUCUCCAGUUCCUGAGGUGAGCUGGUUCCAUGAUGGCCAGGUUCUUUCCGCUGCCGCUCUGCCCGGCGCACAGAUCUCGUUCAGCGAUGGCCGCGCUGUUCUGAUUAUCCCUGCUGUGACAGCCGCACACAGUGGAAGAUUUUCUGUGAGAGCCACCAAUGGUGCUGGACAAGCCACUAGCACCGCUGAACUUCUUGUUACAGGUGAGAGAACCAGAGUAUUGUUUUAUGUUAUUUUCAUUAGCCAGCAUAUGCACUGUGGGUUCUCCUAAUAGUUACUAAUGGUUACUACACUCAGGGGUGAAAUCUUCUUCAGGGGUCUUUCAGGGCCUCUUGCUUGUGCCUCUUGAUAAAACAGUGGUGUUGUUUAAGGUUGUUCUAGCUAGCCAAUGCUUUGGCUUGCAGUUUUAGACAGUGUCCUGCAUCAUACUAAAGAGUAAUCAUGUCUGCAAACAUGAAGGGCAGCCACAGAUAGAAUAGUAUUCAUUAUUAAUAAAGCUCUUAAAAGCAGCCUCUCCAAUUGAAGUGACUGACCACAAGUGCAGUAGGCCUAAGGCCCUUCAUUGCUAGCUAAUUUACCGAAUUGUUCAAUUAACAGCACUGAAAUGCAAUGAUGAGAGUGGUAGCUGCCGUGUUGUUUACAUUUUACACAUCCAAUAAUGAGAGCCAAUAUUGAAUCGGGAAAUUGCUGUAUGUACCGAAGAUUGCCAGGUUUUGGAGCUUUGUUUCUAAAUGGAGCUAUGCUUGUUUGUGUGUGAGUUUUUCAGUUUAUGGAUUACAAUAAAAUUGGAUUAAGUUGUUCCUCAGAUUUACGUAAUAGCAAGCUCAAUCAUGAUCACUGUACUGUAGCUAUUCCUAGAGACUAAACAAUUUCACCUCCCACUGGGCAAAAACUGGUUGAAUCAAAGGUGUUUCCAUAUCAUCAACGUACGGGAAUUUUUACCCUAAAUCCAAUGACAUGGUGAAAUGUUUUGUUGAUUUCAUGUUGAAUUCAUAUUUGUUGACAACUCAACCAAAUGUAAAUCGAAACUAGAAGUUGAACUGACGUCUGUGCCCUGUGGACUUCUUAAGGUGUCCAAUCAGAUGAUGGCCAAUCGAAAUAGAUUUCUGAUCAUCUUGCCCCCCCAGAACUGAAAAAAUAUUAAAUGGAAUCAUAUAUCUUACAUUUGGUGGCAGCACUGGGAUUUGACUAGAAUAUUUGGUUGCAGAUAGUUCUCGCCUGGUUGAGCAUGAUGUUACAUUAACCUCACAAUGCUGGUUAGGCCUAAUGAUCUUAAAGUUAUCUUCCCUGCUCUAUCUAAAUAGCAUUAGUGUACCAGUGUUUAGGCCUAAUGUUCUAGGCACAUACUAUUAGCCACUUACUAUUUUACACAAAGCAAAUGUAUGUGCAAUCACCUUUAAAGUAAAACAAUAGGUGUUACAAUUGACCACCCUGUCUACUGCUACAAUUGACCCCGGGCAUAGGGGCAAAUGUAACGUCAGACCAUUUGGAUUAAAACCUAUAUUGCGAUCCAAACAUCUUCUGUAGAGACCUUUAGCCUACAUGGUGAAUGAUAAGUAGAUAGAUGUAAAGACAAAAUAGUGCUACAUUUUCCCCGGUCUCCACCGGUUGCAUUUCCCCCCGGUCUCCCUAGACAAUGGAUCUCUGCGGUGCUGGUCAAGUUAUGAUUUGUACUUCCACCACUUUUUUCAUUAAAAAAAAACAUAUUUUCCAUUUAAUUUAUUAUUACAGCGGAGACCGCGCCGCCCAACUUUAUUCAGAGACUUCAGAGUAUAACCGUGAGACAACGAAGCCAGGUGAGACUGGAUGUUCGUGUGACAGGAAUCCCUACACCUGUGGUAAAGUUCUACAGAGAGGGAGCUGAGAUACAGAGCUCCGCUGACUUUCAGAUUGUUCAAGAAGGAGACCUUCACAGUUUGUUGAUUGCCGAAGCCUUCCCAGAGGAUUCUGGAACUUACUCCGUAAAUGCUUCAAACAGCAGUGGACGGGCUACCUCCACUGCUGAACUGCUGGUUCAAGGUGAGAUAAAGUUGAUACAGUUGAUUUGUGGUGUGUGGUUAGGGGGCGACAUGUUCUGUCCUUAAAAUUGCCAUGCGCCAACCAUAUCGCCUGCGACACAUUUGAGUGGUGCUUUGGGCUUUUGGAAAUCCACCAUUGUAACAGCCUUCUCUGGGUUACAAGGUCAUUCCUGUUUCAAUAAUUUAUUGUGCAUUUUCUUGCUGUUUUGUGGACAGAAAAUAUAGUUAAUCUAGCCGAGAGAGGUGACUGCCUACACUGUAAGGCAUUUUUUACUCAAAUACUUCUAGUAAGUUGAACUCAAAGUCAUUAUUACUUAAAAUGUUUACCUAAAAUGUUUAUUAAUUAACUUUUUCCCCAGCAUGCUCUACCGAAUGUAGAUUUUGUAAAAUGUCUUUUUAAUAUCUGUACUUUUGCAUGAAGAUUGAGUGAUUGAUUAAUAUUAUGUUACACAAUGCUUCUAAACUAAUCCAAUCAUUGUUAGAUUCUUUUGCACCCGUUACUGAAAUGGUUGUUCCAGAUGAAAUGUCUUAGGUAGUCUCCUCACACAGUUCCUAAUCCUAGCAGUCAUUAUGAUACAAAUAUCAACUGUUGGAUAUCCUAACUCUGGCUGGAUUCCAAUAGGAAUUACACAUCACUUUGCAAGCCAGCAUAAUGUGACUUGAAGUAAGGUUGCAAAAUUCUGGUAAAUUGUCAUGUUUUCCAGAAAUCCCAGUUGGAUAUUCCUGGAAAUCCUUCAACCAGGAUUUUUUGAAAAUCUGGGAAUGUUGGGAAAGUUACCAGAAUUUUGCAACCUUAUUUGCAGGCCUGAUGUUGCCUGUAAACCAUGAGUUUCAGGCACCUGUAUUAGGGUAAAGCUAGGCCUCAAAAUAAGGCCUCAUGAAAUAUGUACUGUAUUGUCAUAGAGAGGUUAAUUAUGAUUACAUUCACCUAUUAACUCUACUGGUGAAGGCUACAGAACUGAAAAUGAAUGAAUUCUGUCACUAACAAAUACAGUCAUGGGUGGUAACUCUACAUUCACUCGAAAAGGCAAGGCACACUGGGAAAAUAUAUUGGAGGCGUGGCUUAAUGGGGGUGUUACUCAACAUUUUCAAGCUGAUACAACUCAAAUCUGGAACCCCUACAGGGUCACAGUGACUCUCAUCGGUUUGAGUAAUGACUACAAAAAUAACUUUAAGUAACUGUGAAUAUAUUAAGUGGGGUUUACAGUGUAGGCCUUCAAUGAGCCAGUCUGUCAAUGCAUUGAAACUGAAUGGAAACUGUGACAGGCUCAAUGGGCCCCGUGGGCAGUGAAUUCCAUAUUGACAUGUAGCCUAAACUGAAUUUGAUUUACAACUUGUUGUCAUCAUGUUCAAUAAUUUGAUGGGAAAUUAAUCUUUAUAUUUGUUUCUGUCUAGGAGAAGAAGCUGUGCCUGCCAAGAAGACUAAAACCGUUGUGUCAGCCUCCACACAGAUAACCUCCUCUCAGAGUCGCCAGACCAGAGUUGAGACAAGGGUAACUAGACAUGAAAUAUUACCUAUCUAUCUAUCUAUCUAUCUAUCUAUCUAUCUAUCUAUCUAUCUAUCUAUCUAUCUAUCUAUCUAUCUAUCUAUCUAUCUAUCUAUCUAUCUAUCUAUCUAUCUAUCUAUCUAUCUAUCUAUCUAUCUAUCUAUCUAUCUAUCUAUCUAUCUAUCUAUCUAUCUAUCUAUCUAUCUAUCUAUCUAUCUAUCUAUCUAUCUAUCUAUCUAUCUAUCUAUCUAUCUAUCUAUCUAUCUAUCUAUCUAUCUAUCUAUCUAUCUAUCUAUCUAUCUAUCUAUCUAUCUAUCUAUCUAUCUAUCUAUCUAUCUAUCUAUCUAUCUAUCUAUCUAUCUAUCUAUCUAUCUAUCUAUCUAUCUAUCUAUCUAUCUAUCUAUCUAUCUAUCUAUCUAUCUAUCUAUCUAUCUAUCUGUCUGUCUGUCUGUCUGUCUGUCGAAGCUAUCUAUCAGUCAGAUAAAACACUAAACUUAUAUGUUGUUUUAUUUUCAGAGUACGGAGGCUCAUUUUGAAUCCUCAUCCUCAUCCAUGCAAAUGUGUGUUGAAGGUGGUGUAGUGAGCCAGACAUUGGCACACAAGACACCACCACGUUUGCCUCCAAAGCCAACCUCAACCUCCAAGUCCCCAACACCACAAUCUCUUGCAGCCAGAGUUGCAGGGGGACGUCAUCAGUCACCAUCACCUGUGAGACAUUUCAAGGCCCCCUCUACAGCCCCUGUUAGGUAAAACACUUUAUUUCAAUCCUACAUAAAAUAAAGUGCAACAAUAUCCCACACAAGACAGACAGACAGGUCACCCCAAUCUAUGUAGGGCAUAAGACCCUGGGUAUCAUGUUAUUUUAUAAUACAGAAAUGACCAGGUAUUUAGGCUCCCUAGAAAUUACCUGGUAAUACAGUCAUUACAUUAUAAACAUAUUAAUUACUUAUUUGUCUAUUUAUACUACAAAACACAAUUUUGGUAAUAUAAGAAUAAUAUAAAUGUUUAAAAAAUAUAUUUAUUUUCUCUCUUUGUUUAACACAGGCCCUUAUCCCCUUCAUCAAGACUGUCUGUGUCCCCAAUCAGACCAGUUAAAUCCCCACUGACCACACGCAAACAGGUAGCCCAUGGUCCUGAUGUCCUCCCACCUUGGAAGCAGGGAGACUUGGUUGAAGGUUCCAGCAGCUAUUCCAGCAGCAUGACUUCUAGUGCCACCCAUGUCCAGGCUUCCAUGUCUGCCACCCAUGUUCACAUGGAGCAGCACUGGGAGGGCUCUUAUGGAUCGCAAACGACUGGUGCUGCUGUAUCUGGUGUCGCUGUGAAAGAGGUAAGGAAAUUCCUAUUUUAUAGGGGCCCUUCUCUCAACUCUCUCUGUGGCAGAGCUAUCUUGUGGCUGAUUGGUUUAUGUGCAUGAGCGUUCAUAAGGUUUUUAAGAUUGUGAACUGCUUUGAUUUGCUGAUUAGCUCUCUUUUUGAUGAAACUCACCUAAAUCAGUUUGAAUAUCCUGUCCAAUGAAUAUUUUACUUCCUGGAUGUAUUUUGGGAUCUAACAUGGCUUAGGCUAGGUUGUCUGAAUUUAGAAAGUAAUGCCUCAGCUCCCUAUGUGAUGAUUGCAGCUAUUUAAGAUUGCAUCUAUUAUAAAUAUGGUGAUAGUGACAUACAUGUAUGCAGCUAUUAUCAAUAAAACGUAUAAUGACUUUGAUUGGAUCCUAACUGUACUAAUGUAUGCUAGGAGGCGCAGCAUGAGGUGGAUGAUAAAGCAUUGCUGUAGCUACUGUGGUAUCAGCUGUGGACCAGGCUCGCAGCCACAUGUCUGCUGGUUUUACACCAGAGCCCGGAGCCGGUGCCGGUGGUGCAGCCCAGUACAGAGACACAGAGCACCUCUACUACUGUGGUGUUAAUGUCCACAACAAGGGAACAGGUAGUUCUUUCAUUAAGGACGUACAACCCUGUCGUCCCUCCCUUCACUUCCAUUAUGGAUUUAUUUCCCUUUUUUCUGUCACCACACCCCCACAUUGGUAGACCCCCCUCACGCUUAACAACGUUAUCCCUGGUAAACAUAGACAGUUUUCCAUUUUAAAUUGGUGUAAUUUCCCCCUACCUACAUAUUUGACCUCACAACCAUCUGUGAUUUUGUCACAUUCAUAUGGUUUAUUUUUCACAUUCCCUAUGGUGUGUUGUCGAGCUCUCCCAUAAUGUUGAUAUGUGUUAUUCAUAUUAUCAUUAUUUAUACACCUAAUGUACUGUAUAAAUAUCCUGCCCCUGGCCAUGUUCAUAACAUAGAUCAUGCCAGACUCUAUAGCUGUUGAACCAGCUAUGGCGACACACACUGAUGACACUGUGGUAGAGCACAGAGAAAUUGAAAUCUCUACUGUCACAUGUAUGAUGACAACCAAGAAGCAAGUAGCUUAAAGAUGGCACUUAUUGUUUUAUUUAGUCCUCUGAGCACUUUCCCAAAUCACUCACCUCACCUAUACUGUAUGUUAGCACUAUUUAAGUUGAAGUCACUGCAUGACCCCAUUUUCUCUGCACUUAAGGCAGUGAUUUAGGUACGUAUUUUGCACAUACCGAUUAGAAGAGGAAAAUUCUGUCCCAAAUCUGUUUAGCACAUGUACGAGUGCACACAAAUCUGUUGAGCAGAUCUUUGGUAAUUCGAUUGUGCACCUGCAUGAUUCAUUUUCAAUAUUGCACAACCUACUCAAACUAACAUGAUUCCAUGCUUUAAUGAUUCCAUGUUAUUACCAGGUAAUGCACAUCAACACUUGUUUUAUAUACAGGGGUAUGGAGUUUGUCUAGAGUGUUUGUAAUCAGAAUGUGAAUCUGUUUGCCGUUGAAGUGACUGCUGCCAUGGAUGAUGUGUAUGCUAUCUAUGUGCUAGAUGACAUUGAUUGCUUGUUGUCUCAAAGGUUGAGGGUGGGAAAAAAGCGGAGGAAAAGGCUACAGUGGUUGCUGCUGUUGACCUAGCACGCGUUCGGAAACCAAUGCAUGGAGAGAGGGGUCAUGCUGAAGAGGAAACCUAUGAAUCUGAUUUAAAACAGCAGAUGAUGCUGGCUACUACUGCGCAGCAAGUCACAGUGAAAACCGAGGCUUUGCAAAUACCAAUAAUACCCCCAAUGGCAACUCAAACAACAUCUGAUGACCAGAGUAUUGAUGUAACCCAGGUUUGCUAUCUUUUUAUUAUGAAAAGAUGCUGAUUGCCAAGCUUUCUCAGAUAACUUUAUAUUCAAAGUCCUGCUUGUUAUUCUAAUUUUUACAUUGAGUUUAUUGUCCUCACUCUAUCACACUCCGUUGGUUACUUUAGAUACGAAGAAGUACAGAAACUACUAUCGCCCACGUGGAUACUGCCCUUGCGUCAUCCUCAAUUCCACAUUUCACAGUUUCAAAAGUUACUGUUCCUAAACCUGACCCUAGCUAUGAGGUAAGCAUAGGUAAAAUCCGGCAAGCAGUGGUACACAAUUGUUGUAGUGCUUCAGUUAGUAUAUUUGAUUAUUACACGUAAAAGUUAGGAGUAAUUUCACUAUUUAUUUAUUUUUAAUAAUGAUGUUAUAGAUACUAUAUUAUAAUCCUGACUGUUGUGGUCAACUAUGUCUUCAGCUUUAUGUAGUUCCUGCUUGCCUUACAUACAAUCCUCUCUCUAUACAAUUUAUGUGUUAAACCACACUGAAUCUUAACAGACCAUCCAAUCUUAACAUACACAGACUGCACUGCUGUGUUGUGAACUGUACACUGAAAACACAUGAAUUCUGAAUCACUGCAUUUUACCUCUCAUCUCAGGACUUUCCAUCCAAAUUCAAUAUUUAGUUAAGCAAAUAUUUCCCAUAUACGAAUACUCACUUCAUCCGUAUACUGUACAUCGUCACCCAUUCCAUUAUAUUUUUGAGUGAUCAUCCUUAAUAUUGCUAAACAAAGCAGGCAAUAUCAUAAUGCUUUGUUCUGAUUCGUGAUGAUCAUGCUAUUCUCCUUGGGUUGGUCAGGUUUCGAUAGCAGGUUCUGCUAUUGCCACACUGCAGAAAGAGUUAUCCUCUACCUCUGCAUAUGCUGCUCAAAAGAUCAUCAAGCCCGUCAAUCCUCCAUCUCCUAGUCUCCACCGUAAGAUUGUGGACGUGAUGCCAGCGCCAAACCCCGUCUCCGUUUAAAGAUAUCACAGACAGAUAUCAGACGCAUUUCGACACUCAGUUACAGACUCAGAUAGGCGCUACGUUUACAGGGGGAACGGAGCAAAUGUAUAAGACUUUGGAAACAAAGGUUUGUAGUCCAGAGUGUUGUGCCCUCUAAAAUAACACUGUGUGGCUUCUCACCUCACUGAGUGGUAUUGGUACACCUCCUCUUCACCAUAACGCCGAAGCCACGCCACGUUCUCUUUGUUUCAGAAUCCAUCUGCUUCAUAAAGAAAACCUACCUUGCUCUCCUCUUCUUCCCCUCUUCUUCCUCUUCCCUACAUCUUCAUUUAUCUGUUCCCAACCUGUUGUCACAACUCUUCUUCGCUCUAGGAUUCAUUCUUAACUUGCAUCCAUUUAACCCAUCUUUCAUCACUCCUAAAGUCAAGUUCAGAUACUGUACUGCAUGUGACUUUUUGUGACUUCUAUGCAUUUUCCACAGAUUGUUGAGACUGCAGUAGUCCCAUCCCUUGCAGAAGAGCCAGUUGUGCCACCUACUCUUGUAGCUGUAAGUAUUUCUCUAGUGGCUUUAUUUCAGAUCAUAUAAGUUAUUGUUGUCUAUUCAGGCAUCCUUUCCAACUCCAUCUAUGUCACCUAUGUCAAUAUUUGUUAAUUUAUUUUUUGAAAUAUCUUUUUUUAGGGCUUGAAGAACUUGAAUGUGACUGAGGGUGAAUCUGUGACUCUGGAAUGCCAGAUCACUGGUCACCCUGCCCCUGGCAUCAUGUGGUUCAGAGAGGACUACAGAAUUGAGAGCUCCAUUGACUUCCAGAUCACUUAUGAGAGUAAAUGUGCCCGUCUGGUCAUCCGCGAGGCCUUCACAGAAGACAGCGGUCGCUUCACUUGCACUGCUACUAGCAAAGCAGGAACUAUCAGCACAUCCUGCUACCUGCUUGUCAAAGGUAAACAGGCAGUUUAGUUUUUUACAUUUCUGUCUACAAUGACUACUUACUGUUGAGGUCGAAUACUGUACUGCCAAAUGGUUAAUUGGGUGUAUUGGUUUAUGAAAGUGCUAAUACUUGUAUACAUUUCUUCCUUCUAGUAACUGAGGAGAUUGAGACCUGGGAAGAGAUGACAGAAGGGAUGACACAGCAGGAAACGAUGACACAGCAGGGAACUGCCACUGUGUUUAAAGAGAAACAGUGGGUGCUAACUAUUUUCUACCACUACAUUUGGAAACUCUUGGCAGGUAUAGUUAAGUAUUGUGUGCUAGAUGUUGACAAGGGAAAACAGAAUAAUUAUAUGCUCUUCAUCAUACAUUAUAUGAACCAGAACCACCAAGUACAGCACGUGCCAUUUCUGACAGCAGUUUCCCUUCCUACCACUCAGUGUAAUGGUCCUGUGUAGCUCAGUUGGUAGAGCAUGGCGCUUGCAACGCCAGGGUUGUGGGUUCGAUUCCCACGGGGGGCCAGUAUGAAAAAUGUAUGCACUCACUAACUGUAAGUCGCUCUGGAUAAGAGCGUCUGCUAAAUGACUAAAAUCUCAAAAUUAUGAAAUCAAUCACCAGCAGAUCAUAGUGAAUCUUCACUGUUUGAGUUUUGCAAAUGGGGAUGAAAGAAGUUGGUGUAAUCCUAUUUCAGAUUCAUUAGUAGAGGGUCCACACUCAAAAUAUAGAUUUUCAAGGUUCUUUUAGGCUCAUUUAUUCAUUAAGGCAACAAGAGACAAGAACAAACGUUUCGAUUUUUCGACUGUAAGGCCAUCGUCAGUCUAAUCUUAUUACAGACACUUUCUGAGAUUACGUUUGCCCUAAUUACUUUAUAUUUCCAAUGUCCUUCUAGCUUUGCUAUUGAAGCAAAGGAGGAGACCAUGUCAGUAGAUACUGCAGAUGCCGUCGCUCCCUUCUUCGUCAAGAAGCCAACUGUACAGAAGUUGGUGGAGGGCGGAAGAGUUGUCUUUGAGUGCCAGAUCGGAGGCAGCCCCAAGCCCCACAUUAUCUGGAAGAAGAGUGGAGUGCCCCUUACUACUGGAUACAGGUAGCCUACUUGUAACACAUUUUAAAUGAUUCUCUAUUUUGCAUUUGUAAGACAGAGUGUAUUGAUAAUUGAUUGUACUGUUUACAAUAUAUUACGUAUUCAUCCAUUAGAUAUAAAGUCCACUACAAUAACGAGAGGGGAGUGUGUAAAUUGGAGAUCUCCAUGACGUUUGCUGAUGAUGCUGGAGAGUACUCCAUCUUUGCCAGGAACCAGCUUGGAGAAGCAUCUGCCUCAGCUGGUCUGCUGGAGGAAGGUCAGUCUCUUUAAUCACAAUGUUGUUUAAUUUCAGUAAUCCAAAUCCAGUAAUAUGAUGCAUCCUAAAUGGUACUCUGUUCCUUACAUACAGCCCUAUGGCCCUUGGUCAAAAGUAGUGCAUUAUAAAGGGAAUAGGGUGCCAUUUUGGACAUACUCAUUGUCUUUAUCUUGGUUCGUGAAACCAGAUCAUAAUGUUUUAACUUUUGUUUAUACAUUGUAUAUUUUGUUUACAGGAGAAUAUGAAGAAUACAUGAAGAAACAUGAAAUGACCUAUAAGACUGAAGUGACUACAACGGUGCAGGCGGAUGUUCCCCCUGUUGUUGUGAGCGAAUAUGACGAGGACCAGAAGUACAUCCAGAGGAUGGCACAGAUGCAAAGCUUUGUUUCAACACAGGUAUUUGGAUGUAUAAAAAACGAUACACUAACCUGGGUACCAGACUGUUUGUGCCAUCAUGCCACUCCUUGUCAUGCCAAAUGACAUGGAGUACAAUGAGUGGAAUGUUAGCACAAAUAGACUGGUACCCAGGCUAGCAAUACGCUAUCAUUGUGACGUUAUGGCAUUUGAUUUGUUCUCAGCCAACAACAUGCUUUAUUCCAAUGUGUUGAACUUUUUUACAGGAACUCCAGAUUUCUUCCUUUGAGGAGAGGAUUAUCCACGAGAUUGAGUUCCACAUCCUGCAGAUUACCUACCAACAAAUUGUGAAAGAGGAUCGGGAAGAGAUGGUGACUUGUGCAGACCAUGAGACUGUACAGUCAGUCUUUAGCACUCCAGUUAAAAACUACAGGAUCAUGGAAGGAAUGGGGGUCACUUUCCACUGCAAAAUGGCUGGAACUCCACUGCCCAAGGUAGUAAAGAAACCAUGUAUUUUAAUUUGAUAUUAACUGUCCAUUCCACUUCAUAUAAAAUGUUGUAUAUUUGAUAUAUUCAUCAAACUUUUCUUGUCUCUCAAAAGAUCGUAUGGUACAAAGAUGGCAAGCGUAUCCAUCAUGGCGGCCGUUACCAGAUGGAGAGUCUUCAGGAUGGUAGAGCCAGCCUGCGUCUUCCUGUGGUGCUGCCAGAGGAUGAAGGUGUUUACACAGCAUUUGCCAGCAACAUGAGGGGCAACUCUGUGAGCUCUGGGAAACUGUAUGUGGAGCCCACUGCCAUUGCAGUAGCUCCACGUUACACGCCUGAACCUCAGGCAAUGCAGAGAAUUAGGUGAGAUUUUUAUUACCAAAUGUAUUUUAAUGUAUAUUUGUUUUAACAUAGCCAUCAUAAAACUUUCCAAGUAUCACUGAUUUUGGUAUUUAUUUGCUCAGGUCCCAGUCCCCAAGAUCUCUGAGAUGCUCUCCCGGACGCUCUACUAGUCGCUCUCCAGCACGCUCCCCUGCACGCAGGCUUGAUGACACUGAUGAAAGUCAGCUGGAGAGACUGUACAAGCCUGUGUUUGUCUUGAAGCCACAGACAUUCAAGUGUGCUGAAGGGCAGACUGCCAGAUUUGACCUGAAAGUAGUUGGUAGACCCAUGCCUGACACCUUCUGGUUCCACAAUGGUAAGUGAUGUGAAAACAUGUUCUCUUCUCUUGAAGCAUAGCACAUCAUGUAACUCGUUUUAUUCCUCUCUUUGUUUUCUUCUUUUCAGGACAACAAGUUGUCAAUGAUUACACACACAAGAUAGUUGUGAAGGAAGAUGGAACUCAGUCACUGAUUGUGGUUCCAGCCAUGCCCAAAGACUCUGGAGAGUGGACGGUAGUUGCUCAAAACAGAGCUGGAAAAAGCUCUGUGUCCAUAACACUUACAGUUGAUGGUAAGAUCUUUGUAUCGUAUGUGGUAUACUCAUUUUAAAGCUAAAAAUGAAUUAUCAGUUUGUUUCGAUACAUCAUAUACCAGGGCUGUUCAAUGUCGGUCCUGGAGGGCCGAAACACUCUGGUUUUCAUCCUCUCCUUCUAAUAAGGGAUUAAUUCAGACCUGGGACACCAGGUGAGUGCAAUUAACUACCAGGUAGAAACAAAAAACAGAAGUGUUGCAGCCCUCCAGGGCCAGAAAUGAAAAGCCCUGUCAUAUACAGUGCAUUCGGAAAGUAUUCAGAUCCCUUGACUUUUUCCACAUUUUGUUACAUUACAGCCUUGUUCUAAAAUUGAUUAAAACAUUUUUUUCCCUCAUCAAUUUACACACAAUACCCCAUAAUGACAAAGUGAAAACAGGUUUUUAGAAAUUUUUGCAAAUUUAUAAAACCUAAAAUACCUUAUUUACAUAAGUAUUCAGACCCUUUGCUAUGAUACUCGAAAUUGAGCUCAGGUGCAUCCUGUUUCCAUUGAUCAUCCUUGAGAUGUUUCUACAACUUGAUUGGAGUCCACCUGUGGUAAAUUCAAUUGAUUGGACAUGAUUUGGAAAGGCACACACCUGUCUGUAUAAGGUCCCACAGUUGACAGUGCAUGUCAGAGCAAAAACCAAGCCAUGAGGUCGAAGGAAUUGUCUGUAGAGCUCCGAGACAGGAUUGUGUCGAGGCACAGAUCUGGGGAAGGCUACCAAAAAAAUUCUGCAGCAUUGAAGGUCCCCAAGAACACAGUGGCCUCCAUCAUUCUUAAAUGGAAGAAGUUUGGAACCACCAAGACUCUUCCGAGAGCUGGCCGCCCAGCCAAACUGAGCAAUCGGGGGAGAAGGGCCUUGAUCAGGGAGGUGACCAAGAACCCGAUGGUCACUCUGACAUGGCUCCAGAGUUCCUCUGUGAAGAUGGGAGGAUCUUCCAGAAGGACAACCAUCUCUGCAGCACUCCACCAAUUAGGCCUUUAUGGUAGCGUGGCCAGACGGAAGCCACUCCUCAGUAAAAGGCGCAUUACAGCCCGCUUGGAGUUUACCAAAAGGCACCUAAAGACUCUCAGACCAUGAGAAACAAGAUUCUCUGGUCUGCUGAAACCAAGAUUGAACUCUUUGGCCUGAAUGCCAAGUGUCAUGUCUGGAGGAAACCUGGCACCAUCCCUAUGGUGAAGCAUGGUGGUGGCAGCAUCAUACUGUUGGUAUGUUUUUCAGUGGCAGGGACUGGGAGACUAGUCAGGAUAGAGGGAAAGAUGAACAGAGCAAAGUACAGAUAGAUCCUUGAUGAAAACCUGCUUCAGAGUGCUCAGGACCUCAGACUGGGGUGAAGGUUCACCUUCCAACAGGACAACGACCCUAAGCACACAGCCAAGACAACGCAGGAGUGGCUUCGGGACAAGUAUCUGAAUGUCCUUGAGUGGCCCAGCCAGAGCCUGAACUUGAACCUGAUCGAACAUCUCUGGAGAGAACUGAAAAUAGUUGUGCAGUGUCACUACCCAUCCAACCUGAGAGAGCUUGAGAGGAUCUGCAGAGAGGAAUGGGAGAAACUCUCCAAAUACAGGUGUGCCAAGCUUAUAGUGUCAUACCCAAGAAGGCUCGAGGCUGUAAUCGCUGCCAAAGGUGCUUCAACAAAGUACUGAGUAAAGGGUCUGAAUACUUAUGUUAAUGUGAUAUUUCAGUUGUUGUUUUUAUUAUAAAUGUGCAAACAUUUAUAAAAACCUGUUUUGCUUUGUCAUUAUGGGGUAUUGUGUGUAGAUUGAUGAGAAGAAGAAAAAACUAUUAAAUCAAUUUUAGAAUAAGGCUGUAACGUAACAAAAUGUGGAAAAAGUCAAGGGGUCUGAAUACUUUCUGAAUGCACUGUACCAUUGUUGACUAAUAGCAUUGUCCUCAUAUGUGUUUCUCCAUGUACAGCUAAAGAAAAGCUGGUCAGACCCCAGUUUAUUGAGAAACUGAAGAACGUCAGUGUGAAGAAAGGCACCCUGGUUGAGUUGGCUGUCAAAGCCAUCGGAAACCCCCUGCCUGACAUUGUUUGGCUGAAAAACAGUGACAUCAUCUCCCCACAGAAGCACCCAAAUAUUAAGUAUGUGUUUUGCCCCACCUGUUAUCACAAUGUGAACAUGCCUAUGAUAUACAUCAUGUGCACCAAAUACCUCUCCAGUCCUUAUGAUAUGUACAUUUGUUACUAUCUUUAUAUUACAAGGUUGUACUUAAUGCUGAUUUACUAACAAUUAUGUCUGUUGUAGGAUUGAGGGCCUCAAGGGACAAGCCAAAUUCCAUAUCCCACAGUCGGUGAGCUCUGACAGUGCCUGGUACACAGCCACAGCCAUUAACAAAGCUGGAAGAGAUACCACUCGCUGCAGGGUCAACAUUGAGGUGGAUGUUGCGGCACCUGAUCCGGAGAGGAGACUCAUUAUCACCAAGGGAACCUACAAGGCCAAGGAAAUUGCAGCUUCAGAGUUGGAAUCCCUACAUCUCCGUUAUGGUCAAGAGCAGUGGGAGGAAGGUGACUUAUAUGACAAGGACAAGCAGCAGAAACCACAGUUUAAGAAGAAGUUGACUUCCGUCAGGCUGAAGCAUUCUGGUGUUGUCCACUUUGAAUGCAGACUGACCCCUAUUGGUGAUCCCACUAUGGUGGUUGAGUGGUUGCAUGAUGGCAAACCCCUGGAAGCUGCAAACAGAUUGCGCAUGAUUAAUGAAUUUGGCUACUGUAGUCUUGAAUUUGAAGUUGCCUAUGCCAGAGAUAGUGGUGUCAUCACUUGCAGAGCCACUAACAAGUUUGGAGUUGACCAGACCUCAGCUACACUGAUUGUAAAGGAGGAGAAGAGCCUUGUUGAGGAGACUCAGUUACCUGAGGGCAGGAGGGGAAUACACAGAAUUGAUGAGAUGGAGCGCAUGGCUCACGAGGGAGGUCCUUCUGGAGUCACUGCAGAUGAGUAUUCAGAGAAGUCAAAGCCUGAAAUUGUCCUUCUUCCCGAGCCAGCAAGAGUGUUGGAAGGUGAAAUUGCAAGAUUCCGUUGCAGAGUGAUUGGUUAUCCUACACCUAAGGUCAACUGGUACCUCAAUGGGCAGCUCAUUUGCAAGAGCAAGAGAAUGAGACUUCGCUAUGAUGGCAUUUACUAUCUUGAGAUUAUCGAUAUCAAGUCAUAUGAUGCAGGAGAUGUCAAAGUGGUAGCAGAGAACCCUGAGGGCACAGCUGAGCAUAUGGUGAAGCUGGAGAUCACACAGAAAGAGGACUUCAGAUCUAUUCUCCGUCGCGUUCCUGAACCAAAGGCACACACUACUGAACAUGGAAGAGUUAGCUUUGAAGUUGUGAAAGUUGAUAGAUCUGCUGAUGCCCAGCCAAAGGAAGUUGUCAAACUGAGGAAGACUGAAAGAGUCAUUCAUGAGAAGUCCACAGAGGAGACAGAUGAGUUGAAGAGUAAAUUUAAGCGCAGGACAGAGGAAGGUUAUUAUGAAGCCAUCACUGCUGUGGAGCUCAAGUCCAGAAGAAAGGAUGAGUCCUAUGAGGAUAUGCUUAGGAAGAGGAAGGAAGAACUGCUUCACCAUCAGAAACUGUUGUCUGAGGCUGAGAAGAAGAAAGAGUUGGAGGAGGGAAAACUCACCAUCCCCACAAUCAAACCAGAGAAAGUACAGCUCUCUCCCAGCAUGGAAGCUCCAAAGAUCUUGGAACGUAUUGCAAGCCAGACCGUGUCUCAGACCGAGGAAGUUCGCUUCAGAGUCAGAGUUGUCGGCAAACCGGAACCUGAGUGCCAGUGGUUCAAGAAUGGAAUCCUGCUGGAGAAGACAGAUCAUAUUUACUGGUUCUGGCCUGAAGACCAUGUAUGUGAAUUAGUGGUCAGAGAUGUCACAGCAGAAGACUCUGCUAGCAUCAUGGUCAAAGCCGUGAACAUUGCUGGAGAGACUUCAAGCCAUGCAUUCCUGCUGGUGCAAGGUAAAUUAUAUAUUUCAAUGCAUAUGAAGCUUGUAUUCUACAAAUAGUUUAAAGAUGUAAUUUUGCAUAAAUAAAUAUAGAGAACUCUUCUAUGUCUUCCUUGAAAAAGCAUGUUAAAUGUGUCUUUCCUCUGUUUCACUUUAGCCACGACAGUUAUUAGCUUUACUCAACAACUAGAGGAUGUGGAAGCUAAAGAGAAGGACACCAUGGCGACCUUUGAGUGUGAGACCAGUGAGCCUUUUGUUAAAGUCAAAUGGCUGAAGAACAAUGCAGAGAUUUUCUCUGGAGAUAAAUACAGGAUGCGCUCAGACAGAAAGGUUCAUUUCCUUUCUGUACUGAUCAUCAACAUGAAGGACGAUGCAGAAUACAGUUGUGCUGUUGUUGAAGAUGACCACAUCAGGACCACUGCCAGACUCUAUGUGGAAGGUUAGCAGUUUUUCUUACUAUACUCACUUUUACAGAUGUCGUAUAUGAUGAAUGGUGGUAAUAUUGCUGAUGAACAAAAAGUCCGUUAUGCUGCAUCGUGUCAGAAGUUUUUAUUCAUACCACGAGGUUACAGCAUAAAUUCACAGACACGCGUUGCCUGGAGAACGCCUCCCAGAUUGUUAUGGUCGUUCUGUCGUCUCAUCGUUUAACUCCUAUUUAUAAACAAUGCAAAGGGAGGGGCUACUCCCUCUUCUGGCCAAUCACCAGUCUCCCCUCGGGCGUCACCCUCCAAGCGGCACAUUUCAAAUAACAUCAUAAAACAUCCCCCCUUUGGCCUGAACAACCAACAUUCCAUUUCGUCAUGAAAAACAUUUAACAAAGGCAUAAUCUUCAGAUACGAUAUUCCCCCCUUUCGAGACGAAAUAAACGUCUCGAAAACAAACAGAAUAAGAUUAUGACUAUUAACCAUUUAUCUCAUUGAAUAUCUUUAACAUUAAACCAAACCCAUUCUCCUCUUGAGUGUAAAUACCUUUCUAUGAAAUACCUGUUUAUGGAGUGUAAAUACAUUGCUAUGACAUAUGAACAACUAUUUAUGAAGUAUGAACACAUUACUAUGAAUUAUGAACAACUGUUUCUGAAGUAUGAACACAUUACUAUGAAUUAUGAAGAAAUCUCUAUGGAGUGUGAGAGCGAAAAACUGUCCAGCAGCCAUCCAUCCAUAUCAAUCAAGACAGUAAAAUUCUCUCACCGUCCCUCUGCCCCAGGCAACCACCGUCGGUACUCCAGAUAACCUCAUAACUCAUGUAAAUGCAUUUGAAACUAUGAUGUAAUUAAAUACCCAUGUAAACAAAAUCCUAUCCAUAAAUAUCCACUCUCAGGCUGGUCAACCCAUAGGACCUGAAAGGGAAUCUCUCCCUGCUUAAACAUUCUGUCCCUAACCCCAUCGAAAUAAACAAAAGCAUCUACGAUCCUCAUCUGCAUUCAAUAACAUCAAACAUAAUUCUACUAAAAUCAAUACCUAAGAAUAUGACACAAUUAUGUAUUACACAUCAAAUAUGUCUAUAUUUCAUUGCAGACACUGGAAUGUAGUCCACUACACUUCCUCUUCCUGUAGUGUCCUCUUCCAAUGGACUUGUUGAUGAUGGAAUCAGCCACACCAUCCUUGUUUCCUCUCCUCCAGUCAUAUUGUCUUUGUUUGAGUAUUCCAAUCUCCACAUGCUUCUCCCACAUGCUUCUGGAAUGACAAGAAAAUAAACGACCAAACAGUAUCCUUUGCAAAACAACCACUUUCAAAUUAAACCUCCAUUUCACCUAAGAAUUUAAAAAAUGAUACAUAAAUGAUGCAUGAAUCACAUUAUCCAUUCCCCCCUUUGAUUCAUAAAUCACACUAAAAAUCAUACUAAUAUUGAAAAACCAAUUUGAAAAAUCAUAAAAUAAUCCAAAAUGAUAUUUAUCCAUUCAGUAGUCCAUCUAGACCCCCUCGUCCGUCUUCGUCCAGAUCCGGAACAGUCAACACCGGCAUCUGAGUGUUGUCUCCAGGCACCACUUCUCCAACCUAUCUCAAUCUCAUAACUUUCUCAAAAGUCAGUACAAACAUCACACAGUGUUAUCAAAGCUUAUUAUCUUCCCAAAUGUUACACCAUACCAUGAAUGAAGUCCCCCCUUCUCCCUUAAACUUAUUCUUCAAUGAUAGGCUUGAAGACUAUGACAUGUCGCCAUGUGUCUGCUAAAUGACUAAAAUGUAAAUGUAAUGUCACCCUUUUAACCCUAGAUUUAGCUGUGUCCAAUGCUAUCCCUCUUAUAAUGGUAAAACCUCAUAUGGAAGCUUAAACGUUGACCUGUAACAAUAUCCUAUCCCCCAUAGGGUAAGAAUAUACUCUAUCAUAAUUUCCCCUUAUCCUCUAAAAUUCCCAUAGUCACAUUGUCAGUCAAAAGCUAAUCUUUUAACCAUCAAAGUCCUGCUCUUCUUACUACCUGAUAUAUAAAAAGUAACCUAUUAUUUGUCAUUACUACCCUUAAGGUCAUACUUAUCCAAAGUUAUCAUCUAACAUCCCAAUCUGAUCUUUCCAUAAACAUACCCCUUACCUCAUAUGUUUUAUUAGAACAAACACCACUUUUAUCCCUCAAUAUUUCACCUGAAUACUUAAGGUUUCCACUGUUACCUGACUUCACAUCUAACAAUUCCCAUAGGGUAAUCCAUUUACCCAAGAACACUUAAACCCUACUGUUUUGACAACAACAUUAUUUUAUCUGUCAAUGACUGUUGCCAAUUCCACAGUUAUGACAAAGCUCAAAACUGAUCCACACCUGACAGAGGCUGCGCAACCGUCUAACAGGUCCUGGAUGGAAUUCUCAACAGACAUGGACCCUCAAGAUUCCUCACUGAUUCUUACAGAAUGAGUUAAUCUAUCUCUAAUUUUCACAACAGAGGAACGAGCAGCACUGAUCAGAUGCCCCCCCCCCUCUGUCAUCAAAAUCAAAAGACCCCAUACUGCAGCUUCCAUGAUGAAUCUCUAUUCUCCAUUUCAGAUUAAUCUAUAUUGUUUCUAUCUGCUCUAUUUUAACCCCAUUCGUACCAUAACCUCCUGAGUCCCUCUUGCUACCUCUUUAAUUUCAGAACAAUUGUUGUCAGUAUCCUACUCCUAUAUUUGCUAUUGCCAUAGUAUCAUUAAUCCCUUCCAAAGUUACCCUUAAAGUAGUUGAUUUAGCUGCUGUAUCAACCCUAAUUACUUCUAGUGCAAAAUUUCCCAUUAUCCUCUGUGUAUUAUCUACUGUUGGAGUGACUACUGUCCAUUCAGUUCUACUCCUCCUGAACUCCCUUAAUGACUGUGAAAACUUCCACAGACUUCAAAUCUUCCAUUAUAAGCGUUACUUUAUGAAUUACAUGGCCCUUUAACCAAUAAUUCCUAACCGAAACAAAUUCUAAUGCUUGCCCUAAAUAAGUACACAUAUAUUCUCCCUAACCUUUCUCUAUAAUAUUACGCAACAUAAGUGAACAGUCACUCCUAACCCUAUUCCAAACUAUACCUCAUUCUACUCCUGGUCCUGAUAACAAUACUUAUUCUCCAUAUUUAUCUCUCCAUAUGAGAGAAACGUCCCCAUCUUAAACCCUAAUAAGUAUUUUUCCCCCUAAAAUUGGUGCUGUACUGGUUCCCUUAUAAUCAAAUGCAAUAUGUUUAUGACUUUAAUACCUAUCAAUGUUGAAAGAGUUAAAUUGCUUCUCCCUGUUGUUCUAAUAAACUGAAGUGUUAAUGUCCUUAUUUACUCCUAGUUUUCCCAUAAGACUUUGAACUCCUUCCUUGUACUUCCAUCUAUCACCCCUAGUGUCACUUUUUCCCCCUUUCAGUUCUACCUCUAAACUUUAAACCUCCUGAUUAUAACAAAAUACACCUAUAAUGACCUUGAUCUCCCUACUGGACAGUGUCAUUCAUUACUGUUCUCUCUCUGUCUUACUACUAACUUUGAAACUUAGCUUACUGUCUCAGAGUCCCUUCAACCUAGCCUACCCCUAACUUAUUUUAAUCUAAUCUUUUCUCUCAUAACAUUUAAAACCUUUUCCCCUGAUCUAUUGACAAAAUCUCUUACCACCAAAUUUUUAGAAUAUGUGAUUGGGAAAGUUCCCCACCUGCUUCUGACUCAUUACACACAGACUUGGCAAAACCGACUAAACACCUUUUAGCCUAACCUCAAAUCUCUUAGUGUAAGAAUGUAACCCAAAAUAACAGUCACCCCUAUUAAGGUUUUUCCCAGACAGAUUGUCUAACAGGCAAUCUAAUACAUUAUCAUCCUUCCUAUGAUAUUUAUCUUUUAAGCAAAUGACUCCCCAAAAACCCUACUUCUUAAAAUAGUCUCCCAGACAGUCAGUCGUCUAUUGUGCCUCUGAUUGAAUACUUCAAUUUACACCAUGCAUCUCUUCCCAACACUGCCAUAACAGCAUCUUCUAAUAUUAGUAUGUCUCUUUUACUUCCUCUUUGACUUUUAUAGCAGAGCUCAAUUGAUUCCCUAAGAGUAAUUAAACUAUUUUACUACUUCCAAUCCCUAUCCUAACCUAAUUAGUUUAUUUUACAGAGUGAUAUGUUUAACCUUUUUAGACUGAACCCCGAUAAGUUUUUCCCCUAUUCACUAUCACUUCUAAUUGUCGGUUGUUUCAACUGUUAGCUAUUUUCUCUUCUUCUCUAAUCGAUGCUCUCAGCAAUGCACCCCCCCUUCAUCUCUUCUAGAACAGGUGAUCUUUUUCUCCUUCAUCUUCCUCUGUUGUUUUCUCCUGUUCUUGUUGCAUGAACAUGUAAAGUACCCAAUCUGUCCAUAAUUAUACCAGUCUUCUGAAAGUUGCUGAAAGUGUAGCUGAAAUAUUCCUCCUUCUUCUUUGUUCUUCUCCCUCUCCAAUUCUGUGUCUGUCCAGAAACUGACAGUCGAUAUGGAACAUCUGGUCCCCCCUUGGCGGGUACAAUUGCCUUUGAUAUUGUUCAGUUGAAGCUGUAACAGUGAUUGUUGAUUUGAUUCACUCUGAUUCUUCAUAACCAACACUUAUUUUCUUCUUCUCCACCACCAGUUAUAAGUUGUAUUUGCUUGAGUUUUCUUCGUCCGGUUCUUCUCAUCGUUGACAUAUCAGUAUUCUUCAACCUUAGUUCCAAGUUCUGUCCUCGAAAUAUCAUCUUCCAUCAUCUUCUUACUAGUGGGCUCUUCUUGACCUCAAUGUGUUCUUCUUCAAUUCUUGGGAUUAAAAAUGUUCUCCGCCGGUUUUCUCCUUGUCUCUUCUAUAUCUUCAGCGUCUCGAGCUGUUCCUCUAGCUCCCUUACCUCUCCCAAAGUCGUCUCUUCCUCCAGGCCUGAUACGCCUCGGUCUAUAUCUCCUAUUUCUUCUUUGCCAGUCAUUGUAGGAUAAAAUCCUCUUGAACAUACAACACCUUUAAUCUCCAAAUCUUCAUCACUUUCUUCAUCAGAACUCGAAUCUCUUGUCUCCUUCGUUCAACUUUCAUCAGAGAUCAAGUCUCCAGUAUCCUUCUUUCCUCUCUUGCCACUUCCUUCUGAUCAGAGUCAUAUCCACCCAUGACCUCUCUCAAUCACUCAUCUUCAUCCUCCUCAUCUCCUUAAGUUCCCAGACAUCCCAUUUUCUUCAGUCUUCUGAAUUCAUCUUCAUCGUUGUUUCUGCUCGUAUUCAUCUUCAUCUCUGAUGCCAUAAUCACCCUGCUAGAUGAUCAUUGUAAGCUGAGAAUAAACAUCCCUAAGCUCUACUUUUUAAACCUAUCUUAUCGCUGACAUAUUUUAUCAAUUUUUGUUUGAGAAUGAAGGGCAACUUUUGUUUCACUUGCCGGAUAACCUAGCAACACUUUAAUUAAAGGAUUACCCCUAUUUCCACCCGUGAAAUGACUCUCAUAGUCCUGAUAUCUUUUUCCCCAUUGUAACACCCUUUUAUAUUCCUUUAUUGUGAACUAUCUUAUUCUAGACUGUAUAAGUUAUAUAGGCUUCCCCCCUUAAAUUAUUAAUAUAACCCUAACAACCUUCAAAAAAAAAAAAAAAAAAAAAAAAAAUUUUUUUUUCCUCCUCCCAAAAAAAAAUUAAAUAAAAUAAAAUAUGAAUAUUAAAAACAUUCAAUUAAAUGCCUUAUUCAAAAACCCUUUAAUUAAAAAUAAAAACCCAUUAAAAACUCAAUUAAAAAUUAUGAAUAAUUUAAAACCAAUUUUUUAUUCCUAUAUCACCAAUUUAUCAAUUAGUGUUGAGUAUAUUACCACAACCCAUCAAAUGCAAGUAAAUGCAAGUUAGUAAUCUUCAGACUAAAAUACCCAUAAACAAAGCCCAACCUUCAAUACUACAAUACUCCAAUUCCCAUAACCCCUUGCUCCAUUAGCUCUAAUUAUCAUAAAUUUACAGAAGAAUCCUCAAUCCAUCCUGGAUUCCCAACACAUCUGUAAUUAAACCCCAGUGAUGCACAUAGCCUCCAAAAUGCAAUUUUUAAUGAAAUAGUAUUUGCCAAGCCGAUGUAAAAUUGUCAUAACAUCACAUAUCUGGUUAGGAUGAUUUUGUGUACUAGCCUGAUCCGAUCCUCUCCUGCAUCAUGUGAUGUCACGUCAUGUGACGUCACCCCUCCUCUCUCUCGUCUCGCCAUUCCAUGUUCCUCUCAUAUUUCAAAAAACAUAGAAACACACAAGAUUUCAGCAGUUUAUGCAAUUAAUCAAGUUAUCCACAUUCAAUGCAUUAUACUUCGUCAACAUAUAUUUAAUUUAUAAAUUUAAUAGGUCCCAAAACAAGUUUCAUCUUAACCCACCGCCGUUUAUAAACUUAUAAGAUUCGUGUUAAACUCUCCCUGGGCCUAUUUGUUCCGUCGUCUGGGUUCCUCUGUCUCCCCCUGCAGUUUAACCAAUGUGUUGUUUUGCAGAAUCCCACGCAUGCGCAAAUAUCAUUUACUAAAUAGAUCGCUCCAAACCAUUUCAUUUAAUUUUAAUCGUCUUUUAAUUUAAUUAAUUAUACUCCGUCAACAUAUAUUUGAUUUAUAACUUUACCACAUCUCGCCAAAUAGUUUCCCGUUCGAACAACAACCGUUUAACACCUAAGAGAUUUUUCCCCAAAAUCUCUCUUAUUCUGUGACUAUUAUCCCUUGCCGCGUCACAUGGGACCUAUGACCCUUACCCAUAAUGCCGUGCUUUGUAGGCUUAGCACAUAACCACAUGUUGUAGUUUUUAACCCCGUAAAAUCACGCAUGCGCAAAUAUCAUUUUAACCUCAUACUUGAGUCUCAGCAUCCCCUCAUGGUGCCGUAAAACAAAACGUUCCCUAAUCUCGUGCCAUAAACUCCAACUCCCACGUUUGGUACUGUAGUGUCGCAAAAUUAAACGCAUGCGCAUACCCAUUCCUCAAUACAAUUUCACCGUGGAAGAAAGAUUCUCUCUUCUCUCUCCCCAAACAGAAAGAAUAACAGCCAGCUGUAACUUCCCAUUUCCCCUUAUAAUCAAACAACAUUUACCAGCGCUCACAAAAAAUAUAACCUGACUUACAAACACAUAAACAAGUUUAAGAGACUUUCACCCGUCGCAACGGAAUCUCUAAGGAUAUCCGUUAGCAUGUAGCACACAACACAAUUAACCUGUAGCAUUAGCCUUUAGCUUAGCCUAAGGUACACCAUAGCAUGAUUCCCACUUUAGCCUUACAACGAUUAACCUGAGCAACGAUGUACCACGUGGCCUGAAACAAUCAAGCCUUAGCUUCAGCCUCUAGCCAACUGUGGCCUACUAGCUAUACCAAUGAACACCCUGCACCGUGGCCAAAUAAAUAAUCGUCCAAUUCUCUCCCCGUCUAACUUUUUGUUGCCUUGAAAGAUGAAUCUCAUAUCAAGCGGUUAUCCCCAAACCAAUUUCCCGUCGACCAGAGGCGGAGUAUAACAUAAAUACACCAAUUCACUUCAUAAUUCCCGCUUAAGAAAUCAACCUGAUUCAGUCUAACUAAGCCCAGGAUUUGUAGCCCACUUAAUAAUAAUAAUAAUUAUUAUUACAAGUCGCCUCGUUUCGAGGUCUUUUCCGUAUUCCCGGUGCCCUAAUUAUGCAGAUAUCUCCCAACAUAUAUUCUCUACCAAUCCAUUGUCACCCGUUACCAAUGAAUUAUACACGUUCAAUACUUAAAUCCUACCGUUUAAUGCUCUAAAUUCCAAUUAACUGUCGUUUCCGAUGAAAUAAAUUUAGCAGACUUCAGUCGACCAGCAACAAACACCACCUGAGGCCAGGUCAUAUGGAACAUCCCCUCAAUGUACACAAGUCAUAUCCAAUCUAACAAACUCCGAAGCGGUAAGAACACACUCACCCUUUUUCGGCCAUGCUUCAGAGAGAGUUAGGCCGGCGGUUGACUGAAACAAAGAGGAGACGCAAACCCAUGCCCCACGUUGGGCGCCAUUAUGUCGUAUAUGAUGAAUGGUGGUAAUAUUGCUGAUGAACAAAAAGUCCGUUAUGCUGCAUCGUGUCAGAAGUUUUUAUUCAUACCACGAGGUUACAGCAUAAAUUCACAGACACGCGUUGCCUGGAGAACGCCUCCCAGAUUGUUAUGGUCGUUCUGUCGUCUCAUCGUUUAACUCCUAUUUAUAAACAAUGCAAAGGGAGGGGCUACUCCCUCUUCUGGCCAAUCACCAGUCUCCCCUCGGGCGUCACCCUCCAAGCGGCACAUUUCAAAUAACAUCAUAAAACAUCCCCCCUUUGGCCUGAACAACCAACAUUCCAUUUCGUCAUGAAAAACAUUUAACAAAGGCAUAAUCUUCAGAUACGAUACAGACUUCAACAGUUCAUUUCAACUGUGAAAAUAGUGAAGUUGGAAUACAUUAAUUAUAAAACAGUAACUCUGAAACAGUUAAAUGUAAAAUGUUCUUAUUGUGCAGGUGCUUCACUGUCAAUUGUGAAGAGGCUGGAGAACAUUGAAGUGCCUGAGACCUACUCUGGAGAGUUUGAGGUUGAAUUGUCUCGUGAGGAUGCUGAAGGUACAUGGCACUUCAAUGACAAGGAAAUCACUCCCAGCAGCAAAUAUGUUACCUCCUCCCGCCGUGGACACCAUGCCUUGUCUGUCAAAGACAUCAAGAAAGAAGAUCAGGGAAAAUAUACAUUCAAAAUUGCCGAUAUGCAGACCAGUGCCUCCCUGAAGAUGAAACGUGAGUUAUGACUUUGUUAUUAGUGUGGUUAGCUUCUUCUCUUCGAGUCACUGUCAAGACAACCAUUACUGUUGAAAAAGUGGGAUGAACAGCGUAACAAUGUCAUUGUCUUUUCCUUUAGUGCGCCCUGUGACACUGACGCAACCCCUCACUGACCUGACGAUCUGCGAGGGUGACAUCGCUCAAUUAGAAGUGCGAUUCUCUCAGGAAAACGUUGAGGGAACAUGGAUGAAGAAUGGCCAAGCAUUCUCUGCCACAGAUCGCAUCCACAUCGUUAUCGACAAACUGGUCCACAAGCUGCUUGUUGAAAAUGUGAGCAGAGAUGAUGCUGCAACAUACUCCUUCUUUGUCCCAGCUCAGGAUAUCGCAACCUCUGGGAAGUUGAACAUUCAAAGUAAGCAACUUUUAUCAGUCUGACUAUAUUCAAUUAUAUAAUUGUAUUGUGAAUCAUCAGGUUUUGAAAAUGAUAUUUUUUCCCCGUUUUACAGCGAUUGAUAUUUUGAGCCCACUCACUGAUGUUACUGCAGUUGAGGGUACCAAGGCUGUUAUGGAGGCUAAAAUAUCUGCUGCUGAUGUUACCUCCGUGAAAUGGUUACGCAAUGACAAGCUUGUGAUGGCCAGUGAGAGAAUCCAGAUGCUUGCAAAGGGAUCCAAACAGUGCUUGGUAUUCCACAGGACAUUUGCUGCUGAUGAAGGAACCUACAAGCUAUGUGUUGGCAAAGCUGACUCUAGCUGUAAACUGACUAUUGAAAGUAUGUUUUUUCAUUGUGUGUGUUGCAAGUUCAUUCAGACCCCAUUUAUACAGACCCUAUUCAACUUAUUUUGUUAUUUUACAGAAAUUCAUAUCGUGAAGCAUAUGGAGGAUCAAGUUUGCACAGAGACCCAGAAUAUAACAUUUAAAGUUGAGGUUUCCCACCCUGGCAUUGCCGCUGUGUGGACCUUCAAGAAACAAGAACUCAAAGCUGGUCCAAAGCACAAGCUUGAGGCCAAGGGCAAGAAUUACAGCCUGACAGUCAUUAACACCAUGAAGGAUGAAGAGGGGCAAUACACAUUUUCUGCUGGUGAACAGACAUCCAGUGCUAAGAUUACUGUGUCAGGUAUGUUUAACGUCUUCAUGAUAUUGUACAUAAACUCCUUCUGAAAAGAUGAAUUGAUUUCCACUGCCCUGACUCAAAGUUGUCUGCUGAGUUGGAACCAAUUAGGGUGUUUUCACAUAUAGUCCUCUUUAAAAGAACCAAUCUCAGUCCUCUUUAAAGUGAUCUCUGGGAUAAAAAAGAGCAAAAGAACACAGUUCUCUUUGUAUUCACACUGCCCUUGCCUUUGAAUGAGGACUCAACUCUUUUGCCAGUUCACUUCACCUAUUUUGUGGUCCGAGUGUCUCUUUGCAUUCACAGUGCUAUGUUUAGAAAGGAACCAAGAUCUUUUUCCAACAUUCACUCAAUGCACUCUGGGUUUCUACAAAGUGCAGGACAAGCCAUUCCAUCAGAAUGUGUUAUCGUACAGCUAGAUAUACCUACUUACAUUUUGGAAGCUAAUAGACUGCAUUUAGUGAAAAGAUAAUAAUUGUAAUCAGAAGAUACUAUUAACAUGUAAAUAUUAUUGGUAACAUAAUAAAUAGCAGAAGAAUAAAUACAGAUUAAAUAAUACUGUAAUUUAAAAUUGUACACCCAAUGUAAGCUACUAACCCUUUAAGAACUAGAAUUGAUUUUGUACCCUGUUGUGAUUCUCACCAAAUAUGUUGUUGUCUUCUCACACUAUUCAACCCACACAAUCGAAUAAACAGUUUAUGAAGCUCUCUUAGCCUAAAGGUCACAUAUUGCAAACAAAUAAUCGGAACUAAAAAUACCACAUAUAUUUAGGAAAUACAGUGCCUUAGACCACUGCGCCACUCAGGAGGCCACAUCAUCCUCUUCUCUCUUUUGUGGCACCAAUGUGAAGGUUUAUGGCAGGGGAAACGGUGUUGCAGUAGUGUAGUGUGUGGUGCAGAAUAAUGACAAGUUAAACUGGGGAGCUUUGUGUUCACAUUGCCCUAAAAAAGGGAACUGGACCACGGAAUUCAAGUGAUCUGAACUCAGACCAACUCUCGAGAUGGUCUCCGUUUGGUUUGCUUUGGGGGCAUUUUUGAGGGGUCUCAGUUCCUUUAGAGUGUUCACACUGCACAAAAAAAUAAGCGAACCGCACUGAGUUCACAAAAAUUGGCUGAAAGGGACCAAGUCUAAAAACAUACUUUAGUUCCUUAUUUCCAUCAUAUUAAUGUUUAUAACUCCACCUUUCACUACCACUUUCACUUUUAGCCUGUUAUAUAUAACUAAACAUGUCUCCAUGUUCCCAGGUGGUGCCAUAAACAGACCACUCCAGGACGUGACUAUGGCUGAGUCUCAGACAGCUGAGCUGGAGUGUGAGGUGGCCAACCCAACUGCUGAGGGCAAGUGGCUGAAGGAUGGACAACCUGUGGACUUCAGUGACAAUGUCAAACAUGUGAAAAAUGGAGCUGUCAGACGUCUUGUUAUUACCAUAACUACACCCCAGGACAUCGGUGAAUACACUUACCAGGUUGCAAACUCCAAGACAACAGCCAUCCUGAGGGUUGAGGGUAGGUGUUACAUUCUGAGCAGAAAUAUUUUGUUUAUUUUCAACUGGCAUUAAUAUAUGACUAUUAUAUGAUUACUAUAUGCCUGCUGUUAUGUAAUGUUUAUGUUUGAUUUCAUAGCUGUGAAAGUCAAGAAGACCCUGAAGAACCAAACUGUCACUGAGACACAGGAAGCAAAGUUCAGUCUCGAGCUCAGCCACAAGAAUGUGAAGGGUUCACAAUGGAUUAAGAAUGGUGUAGAGAUCCAACCUAGUGAGAAAUAUGAAAUCACAAUUGAUGGCAUGAUCCACACCUUGAAGAUCAAGAACUGCGACACACGCGAUGAAUCAGUUUAUGGAUUCAAACUUGGACAACUAUCUGCUAAUGCCAGAUUGAACGUUGAGAGUAAGUUAAUAUUUUAACUGUCACAAAUUGAUGUAGACAAUCAAGUAUACAAAUGCAUCUAUACUUGAGAUGUUUCUACUUACCCUUUGAGGUUUUUCACUUUUGUCAAUCUUUUUUUCAGCAAUCAAGAUUGUUAAGAAGCCUAAAGAUGUGACAUCACUAUUGGAUGCCACUGCCUCUUUUGAGCUGAGCCUGUCUCAUGAUGACAUCCCUAUCAAAUGGAUGUUCAAUAACGUUGAGCUUAAACCAAGUGAAAACAUCAAAAUGCUGUCUGAGAGAAAAGCUCACAAGCUGAUCAUCCAGAAUGUGAAGACUAACAACCAUGGAGAGUACACUGUUGUAGUUGGAAACCUGCAAUGCAGCGCAUCUUUAUAUGUUGAAGGUCGGUAUUGCGUUUGUGAUGAAUAGACUAGAGUACUGGAUAUAUGAUUGCUGAAUACUCAAUUGAUACCUUUUACUUAAAUGUUGAUUUUAUGUUAUUUUUCCAGCUCUGCGUGUCACAAAACCUAUCAAGAACAUUGAAGUCCCAGAGACCGAGGUGGCCACUUUUGAAUGUGAAGUUUCACAUUUCAAUGUCCCGUCCACCUGGCUGAAAAAUGGAGUGGAGAUCGAAAUGAGUGAAAAGUUCAGGAUUGUGGUGCAGGGCAAACUUCACCAGCUCAAGAUUAUGAACACUAGCAGUGAAGACUCUGCAGAAUACACCUUUGUCUGUGGACAUGACAGAGUCUCUGCCACUUUGACCGUCAAUGGUAAGUUUCCUCUUCAUUAUCAAGGAAGUAAUCCCUAAUCAUCUUGUCAGUAUUGAUCGUAACAUUUUAAUUUUUUCCUUAGCCAUUUUGAUCACUGACAUGCUGAAAGACCUCAAUGCACAGGAGAAAGACACCAUCACAUUUGAAGUAAAUGUCAACUAUGAGGGCAUCACCUACAAGUGGCUCAAGAAUGGUGUUGAGAUUCGUUCCACUGACAGAUGCCAGAGCCGCACCAAACAGCUAACUCACUCUCUCACCAUCCGAAAUGUUAAUUUUGGUGAUGGUGCAGAGUAUAAGUUUGUGGCUGGUUCUGCUGCGUCAUCAGCAAAGCUUUAUGUUGAUGGUAUGUUCUUAUUUUUCUUCAAUUUUCUAAAACAAGGUUUCCUUUAUAUUUCACAAUCUUAUUUCUGUGCCCUCUUUGUGUUUUAGCUCGUGUUGUUGAAUUCACCAAGCAUAUCAAAGGUAUCAAGAUCACAGAGAAGAAGAAGGCCACUUUUGAAUGUGAGAUCUCUGAGCCUAAUGCUCAGGUGAUAUGGAUGAAAGAUGGACAGGAGCUGGACAUUUCCGAAAGGUAUGUCUUAUUACCAGGAAUAUUAAACCUGGUGAAGAUAGUAAUGGAUAUCAUAAUAUUCUACAACGGGUUGGUCAAAACAAGCAUUGUGAUUGGUUGACACAUGUUCGAAGCCAUACUAAAAAACCUGUUUAGCAGGGGUAAGCCUAUGACGCAAAAAUGGGAAUCUUGUUUUGUGUUUUGUGUUCCAUCUGAGAAAUCCCUACCAUCCACUGUCUCAUCAGCUCAGCCAGACAAUUAAUUAACUUGAUCUCCACUGUAAAAGGCAUCUACAGUGGCUUGCGAAAGUAUUCACCCCCCUUGGCAUUUUUCCUAUUUUGUUGCCUUACAACCUGGAAUUAAAAUGGAUUUUUGGGGGGUUUGUAUCAUUUGAUUUACACAACAUGCCUACCACUUUGAAGAUGCAAAAUAUUUUUUCUUGUGAAACAAACAAGAAAUAAGACAAAAAAACAGAAAACUUGAGCAUGCAUAACUACGGCUUAAAGUGGUCCUAUGGACAGAUACUCCAAUCUCCGCUGUGGAGCUUUGCAGCUCCUUCAGGGUUAUCUUUGGUCUCUUUGUUGCCUCUCUGAUAAAUGCCCUCCUUGCCUGGUCCGUGAGUUUUGGUGGGCGGCCCUCUCUUGGCAGGUUUGUUGUGGUGCCAUAUUCUUUCCAUUUUUUUAUAAUGGAUUUAAUGGUGCUCCGUGGGAUGUUCAAAGUUUCUGAUAUUUUUUUAGAACCCAACCCUGAUCUGUACUUCUCCACAACUUUGCCCCUGACCUGUUUGGAGAGCUCCUUGGUCUUCAUGGUGCCGCUUGCUUGGUGGAGCCCCUGGCUUAGUGGUGUUGCAGACUCUGGGGCCUUUCAGAACAGGUGUAUAUAUACUGAGAUCAUGUGACACUUAGAUUGCACACAGGUGGACUUUAUUUAACUAAUUAUGUGACUUCUGACGGUAAUUGGUUGCACCAGAUCUUAUUUAGGGGCUUCAUGCACGCACCACUUUUCCGUUAUUAAUUUUUUCGAAUUCUUUGAAAGAAGUUAUUUUUUUCACCUAUUUGUACUAUUUUGUGUAUAUCCAUUACAUGAAAUCCAAAUAAAAUUCCAUUGAAAUUACAGGUUGUAAUGCAACAAAAUAGGAAAAAUGCCAAGGGUGAUGAAUACUUUUGCAAGGCACUGUAGACAUUAUUUCCCCUUUCUUCUAGCCUAACAUUUGGUUUGCACUGUCCAAUUGACAAUUAAGGUGUCAGGAGAAGACUGACAUCUUUCUAAGCCAGUCGAUAUCAUGAAUCAGCAUAAUUUUUAUGGAUAAAUAUACAAGAAAUGUCAAAAGAAAAAUAGGUCAAAUGAAAUGCAGCUACUUGGCUGUUAUUCUAGCUGCACAGUUUGACGUGACUAUGUUAGCCGUAGUUGGCUAGCUAGUAAGCAAGGGAUAAGAGCGUUGCCAGCCAGCAUGGCAACAGCACAUUUAGAACGAACGACUGGGUCGCGUCCAUACAUCGGCAGGACAGAGAUGAGGGGCGGGGGUGUGUGUCUAUUUGUUAAUAACAGCUGGUGCGCGAUGUCUAAUAUUAAAGAAGUCUCGAGGCAUUGCUUGCCUGAGGUAGAUACCUUAUGAUAAGCUGUAGACCACGCUAUCUACCAAGAGAGUUCCCAUCUAUAUUAUUCGUAGCUGUCUAUUUACCACCACAAACCGAUGCUGGAACUAAGACCGCACUCAACGAGCUGUAUAAGGUCAUAAGCAAACAAGAAAAUGUUCAUCCAGAAGCGGCGCUCCUAGUGGCCGGGACUUUAAUGCAGGCAAACUUACAUCCGUUUUCUACCAGCAUGUCACAUGUGCAUCCAGAGGGAAAAAAACUCUAGACCACCUUUACUCCACACACAGAGACGCAUACAAAGCUCUCUCUCGCCCUCCAUUUGGCAAAUCUGACCAUAAUUAUAUCCUCCUGAUUCCUGCUUACAAGCAAAAACUAAAGCAGGACGUACCAGUGACUCGCUCAAUACGGAAGUGGUCAGAUGACGCGGAUGCUACGCUACAGGACUGUUUUGCUAGCACAGACUAGAAUAUGUUACGGGAUUCAUCCAAUGUCAUUGAGGAGUAUACCACCUUAGUCAUCGGCUUCAUCAAUAAGUUCAUCGACGACGUCGUCCCCACAGUGACAUAAACCCAACCAGAAGCCAUGGAUUACAGGCAACGUCCGAAUCGAGCUAAAGGCUAGAGCUGCUGCUUUCAAGGAGCUGGACACUAAUCUGGACGCUUAUAAGAUAUCCCGCUACGCCCUCAGACGAACCAUGAAACAGGCAAAGCGUCAAUACAGGAUUAAGAUUGAAUCCUACUACACCGGCUCUGACGCUAGUCGGAUGUCGCAGGGCUUGAAAACUAUUACCGACUACAAAGGGAAACCCAGCCGCAAACUGCCCAGUGACGCGAGCAGACCAGAUGAGCUAAAUGCCUUUUAUGCUCGAUUCGAGGCAAGCAACACUGAUGGCUGUGUGAUAACGCUCUCGGUAGCCAAUGUGAGCAAGACCUUUAAACAGGUCAACAUUCACAAAGCCAUGGGGCCAGACGGACUACCAGGACAUGUACUCAAAGCAUGCGCGGACCAACUGGCGAGUGUCUUCACUGACAUUUUCAACCUCUCCCUGACCGAGUCUGUAAUACCUACAUGUUUCAAGCAGACCACCAUAGCCCUGUGCCCAAGGAAGCGAAAGUAACCUGCCUAAAUGAUUACCGCCCCGUAGCACUCACGUCGGUAGCCAUGAAGUGCUUUGAAAGGCUGGUCAUGGCUCACAUCAACAGCAUCAUCCCGAAUCCCCUAGACCCACUCCAAUUCGCAUAUAGCCCCAACAGAUCCACAGAAGACGCAAUCUCAAACGCAUUCCACACUGCCCUUUCCCACCUGGACAAAAGGAACACCUAUGUGAGAAUGCUGUUCAUUGACUACAGCUCAGCGUUCAACACCAUAGUGCCCACAAAGCUCAUCACUAAGCUAAGGACCCUGGGACUAAACACGUCCCUCUGCAACUGUAUCAUGGACUUCCUGACGGGCCGCCCCCAGGUGGUAAGGGUAGGCAACAACACGUCUGCCAUGCUGAUCCUCAACACUGGGGCCCCUCAGUGGUGCGUGCUUAGUCCCCUCCUGUACUCCCUGUUCACCCACGACUACAUGGCCAAACCCAACUCCAACACCGUCAUUAAGUUUUCUGACGACACAACAGUGGUAGGCCUGAUCACCGACAACGAUGAGACAGCCUAUAGGGAGGAGGUGAGAGACCUGACAGUGUGGUGCAAGGACAACAACCUCUCCCUCAAUGUGAGCAAAACAAAGGAGCUGAUCGUGGACUACAUCGACGGGGCUGUAGUGGAGCGGGUCGAGAGUUUCAAGUUCCUUGGUGUCCACAUCACCAGCAAACUAUCAUGGUCCAAACAUCAUGGUCCCCUCAGGAGACUGAAAAGAUUUGGCAUGGGUCCCCAGAUCCUCAAAACGUUAUACAGCUGCACCAUCAAGAGCAUGCUGACCGUUUGCAUCACUGCCUGGUAUGGCAACUGCUCGGCAUCUGACCGUAAGGCGCGACAGAGGGUAGUACGUACAGCCCAGUACAUCAAUGGGGCCAAGCUCCCUGCCAUCCAGGACCUAUAUACUAGGCGGUGUCAGAGGAAAGCCCAAAAAUUGUCAAAGACUCCAGUCACCCAAGUCAUAGACUGUUCUCUCUGCUAUCGCACGGCAAGCAGUACCGGAGCACCAAGUCUAGGACCAAAAGGCUCAUUAACAGCUUCUACCCCCAAGCCAUAAGACUGCUGAACAAUUAUUGAAAUUGUUCUACCCCCCCCCCCCCCCCAUUUGUUUUUACGCUGCUGCUACACGCUGUCUAUUAUCUAUGCAUAGUCACUUUACCCCUACCUACAUGCACAAAGUACCUCGACUAACCUGUACCCCCGCACAUUGACUCAGUACCAAUACCCCCUGUAUAUAGCCUCGUUAUUGUUCCUUUAUUGUGUUCCUUUGUAUUAUUUUUUACUUUAGUUUAUUUGGUAAAUCUUUUCUUGAACUGUAUUGUUGGUUAAGGGCUUGUAAGUAAGCAUUUCACGGUAAGGUCUACACCUCUUGUAUUCGGCGCAUGUGACAAAUAAAGUUUGAUUUGAUUUUUUGAUAGAGAAUUAAAAGACUUCACGACUGGGUCUCUGGCAACCUAACCAAUAGAAUGAGCGGACAUCUUUUCUCAGCCAGUCAUGAAUCAGCAUCCUUUUAAUGGAUAUAUACAAAGAAAUGUCAAUAGAGAAACAGGUCAAACGACAUGAAAUGCAGCUAUUUUGCUGUCUUACCAGCUUCAGUUUGAAGUGAUUGUGUUAGCUGUGUAGUUCGCUAGCUCCUCUGAACAGUGUCCUGAUGAGAGAGCACAUUCUUUAUGCCAGGCGAAAUCGCACAUCAUCAGCUCAUUGUUGUGGAUGUAUCCAAAACAGCUUAAACAAACUCAAAUGCAGCUACUUUGCUGUUAUUCUAGCUGCACUGUUUGACCUGACUGUGUUAGCCAUAGUUGCCUAGCUAGCAAGCAUGGCAACAGAACAUUUAGAACGAACGACUGGGUCACGUCCAUAGAUAUAGAACAAAAAUACUUAACGACUGCGUCGCGUCUCUGGCAACCUAACAGCAACCAUAGAUGUGUCAGGACUAGGCCUAUACUUACGUUGAUGGAUGAAAUAGUAGCCUAUGAAUACAUUUAUCAAAAUAAAGUUUUUUAUUUAAUUGGUAACCCAUUGUAGAAAAUCAAUUGUACACUCGAGGUUGUACAAAAUGACUUUUUCAGCACGGCUGUGCUGAUCUACGGUACUCGGAUCCGCCUCGUACCUAUGACCACAGCAUAGCCGUGCUAAAAAAGUUGUUUAGCACGCCAUCUCGUGUACAACUGCUUCAAUCAAAUUUUAACUAUUCAUUUGUAUCUUAACUGUUAUUUCUAAAUGCCUUGACAGAUACACUGUAUCCACUGAGAAAUUCCUGCACUGUCUAAUGAUCCAGUCAGUCCGCAUGUCUGAUGCCGGAGAGUACUCUGUAAUUGCUGGGGCAAGCAUAUCAAAGGCUCAUCUCACCGUGGAGGGCAAAGAUGUCCACAUUACAGAGCCUGCUGAGAAGAAAAUGAUGGUGAAUAUAAAUAUGACUCAUUUUUAUAUACAGAAAGAAAAACUAACCUAAAAAAAAUCAAUUUUAACAUUAUUGAUUUAUUAUUAAUUUAUAGGUUGUUGAGAAACAAAAAACAACGUUCGAGUUUGAAGUCAAUGAGGAUGACAUUGAAGGUCGCUGGCUGAGGAACGGCAUUGAGCUCCAGUUUUCCGUUGAUCAGAGGUUCAGCUAUGUAUGCAUUAGAAAGCUCCAUCGUCUGACCAUCUCUGAGACCUACAAAAGUGAUGCAGGAGAAUACACCUUCAUCGCUGGCAGGAACAGGACCGUGGUGACACUUCAUGUCAAC